AUGUCAUUGCUGCCUCUUUGGGCCAUCGACUUGAAUGUGGAUGAGAAUGUGGAUGUGGAUGUGGAUGUGGAUGUGGAUAUGGAUGUGAAUAUGAAGGGGGCAGCGACGACCACGCUUAAUGGCAAUGUACGUUCAAAAUGGCAAACUUUGAACACGACCGAAAUCCCACUAAGUAAGUGUACGCCCAGUUCGGGUUCCGGGUUCCGGGAAUAUAUCCUCCGGGUUAGCCGGUGCUCUCCAUGUUCUUCUCCGUUUUCUCUGGCCGGGUUCAGCUGCACCAGGUGUGCCCGUGCUCGGGUGGCUUCCAUCUUUCGUCUUCCAGCCCCGAAACCGGAAUCUACGAUUGAAUUUCAGACAGUAUAUACGGUAUCCCAGCAUCCAAGCAUCCAACCACCCAAAACCACCAUCCGGCGGCCAAGGAAAACGCAAAGGCCUUUGCAAUUUUUAUGUGCAAUUUUUUACAUGAGAACCAAAGGCGGUAUGAGAUGUCGCUUGUGGCUCGUUAAGGUUAAGGGGUGGUGGAUGGUGUUAUUUUCUCCUUCUUUUUUGGUGGGUGCGGGAUAG